CAGAGAGAGAGAGAGAGAGAGAGAGAGAGAGAGAGAGAGAGCAGAUGGGAGGGAGAGAGAGAGAGAGAGAGGACGAGCGCCACACACAACGAGGGAACCCCAUCAGCUGGAAGUCGAGUAACAUUACAACUCUCAGCAGCCUGAAACUACUACAUUACACAGACGAGGGAUUCACAUCAUCUGUGAGGAUUUAACCCGCCAAGGAUCACGGGAUUUCUGCUCUCUAACGUCACAUUUUUUCUAUUCUGCGGAGACUGUUUGCUGUUUUUUAGGGGUGGGUGGGUGGGGGGGGACAAACUGGCGAGAGGCGAGCAUGGAGUAUUUCAUGGUACCAGCUCAGAAGGUGCCCUCCUUGCAACAUUUCAGGAAAACGGAGAAAGAAGUGAUUGGAGGGCUUUGCAGUCUGGCCAACAUUCCUCUGACCCCAGAAACAGCCCGGGACCAAGAAAGGCGAAUUCGCAGAGAGAUUGCUAACAGCAACGAGCGUCGGCGGAUGCAGAGCAUUAAUUCUGGAUUCCAGUCACUUAAAACACUCAUCCCACACAGCGAUGGAGAGAAGCUCAGUAAGGCUGCCAUCCUGCAACAGACAACUGAGUACAUUUUUACUUUGGAACAGGAGAAGACGCGGCUAUUGCAGCAGAACAGUCAGCUCAAACGAAUCAUACAAGAGUUAAGUGGUUCCUCCCCUAAGAGACGGCGUGCGGAGGAGAAAGAUGAAGGGAUUGGCUCACCAGACAUUCUGGAGGAGGAGAAGACUGAGGACUUGAGGAGGGAGAUGAUUGAGUUAAGGCAGCAGCUGGAGAAAGAGCGCUCAGUCAGGAUGUUGCUGGAAGAUCAGAUGCGUUCCCUGGAUGCCCAGUUGUACCCAGAGAAACUGAAGGUGUUCACCCAGCAGGUCCAGGAGCACCAUCCUCAAACACAGAGCCUUGUCCGUCUGCAGCAGCACAAACAGCUGGAGAGGGACCUUACUCCGGCCCACAGCCCACAGGUGUUGGCCCCGGCUACCCCACCUGCACCUACACACCAUGCCACAGUCAUCGUCCCUGCGCCUUUCCAGCCCCCCCAGCCCCAUCAUGUCACGGUGGUAACCAUGGGCCCGACAUCAGUUAUCAGUGCAGUGUCCACAUCUCGACACAACCUUGACACCAUUGUUCAAGCAAUCCAGCACAUCGAGGGCACCCAGGGAAAGGGUUGUGUGGGCGAGGAAGAGCAGCGGAGGGCGGUCAUUGUCACUUCAGGGCGUGUCCCCUCCGAUGCUGCGGGGUCAGACACAGCCUCAAACAGCGACGGGCCCGACGACUGUUCACUUCCCUGAGUUCUUCUUUGAAGUCUCACACGGCGUACACUUACAUACACGCACACACGUACACACAAAAGGCCCAAGCAGACCAGGGCCACAAGUGGCUUCUAACCCACAGCACUCUUGUUUAGUGGACAUUAAUAGGGCUUGUAGACAGAUUGAAGCACUCGUUUUUUCUUUUCAGUACACUCUUCCAUGUUGUACUUUGAUAGGCAGCCCAAAUAGGUUUACACUUAGACCCUCAUACAUGUACUCUCUCUUGUGUCUUUUUCUCUGCUUAUCUUUAACCCCCUGCUCUCCAAACACACAGACUCUUGUCUGUUCAUUAGUUUAUAGAGAGGUUAUUAUACUGGCUACUUCACUGACUGAUCCAUAAAUGCUCCGUCAGAAUGUCUGCUAAACAUCACCAUAAACACCAGGACUGUUCUCUUUUUUUUCGGCCCUGGAGCAACGGGACUGAUCCACGAAACAGGAGUCAAAGAAGCCAGCAGUGUGGCAUCAUCACCCAACAACAGUGCAUUUUCAUUUAAGAUGAACAUCCUUUAAACCUCCUUCGUUUUGAGAGACACUGUAAGCUGACAAGGCUGUCUCAAAGUUCUACCUUUUAGGCUUCUGAAUGAAAUAAUAUGUAGUUUUACUCUUGUGAAGUCUACUUUUUUAUGUUUUGUUUCUCUAAGGCUCCCUAAGGCAGCAAGUUAAAGUGAUUGUAUUGGGGAAAAAAAACACAAAAAGCACCACGACAGGAAUUUAAAAGCAGUUGUCAUGGCUGACUUUUGCUAACAGGAAAUGAAGCAAAGUUAGAGAGGAGAGAGUGUCCUUACUGGUUCUCAGCUCUAUUAUUUUUGUUUUGUUGGUUGCCAUUUUUACCGGGCUGGGUUCCCAGUAAGCUCACAUAUGUAUUGGCAUGUUCUUUUUUUUUUACUUAUGGCCUGACAAAAUAAUAUCAGUGUUUUGAGAUUUCUUGACACGCUCCCCUCGUGUGUGUGUGUGUGUGUGUGUGUGUGUGUGUGUGUGUGUGUGUGUGUGUGUGUGUGUGUGUGUGUGUGUGUGUGUGUGUGUGUGUGUGUGUGUGUGUGUGUGUGUGUGUGUGUGUGUGUGGGGAUGUGUGUGUGUGUGUCCCAUUCAACGUUUUAAAUCAGCAGGGCUCCACGGUGUCCUAGACUCUGGCAGUCUGCAACAGCACCGCUUUUACCUUGGAAUAAAGGCACGUGUGUAUGUGCACACAACACUCCACAUACAAAUAUGGCUGACAUACAAUCACUUGUUGGCUCAAUUUUAGGGCUUGUUUAUUUAGCCCUUAACAUUGUUGUUUCUUGUCCAAAUUUUGGGACAUCUAUCAAAGCAGAUAAUACUUUAAAUACGAGGAAAUUGCCCUGGAAAAUUGUUUGAAUGUGCUAUAGAGGUGACUGGGUUGACCACACAUGUUCUAUGCAUUUACCUGCAUUGAUUGCAUAGAUUUGUCCUCUUGUGUGCUCUCUGUCUAGGGUACCAUGGUAUAAACACAUCUCUACUCUGAUCAUAUGUUUUGACUGGAACUGUUGGUUGACAGACAUUAAGACAUUUAGCUGAGAGAGGCAGCAGAUUGCCCUACUAAUAGCCCGUGGGUGCAGGGAGGCACUGUAAAGCCAACCUUAACAGAGCCUGUGAGGUCUGAGAGACGUACCUUAAUACUUAAUCUGCGCCAUUUGAUGGCCACUGGAAUCUCUCUGGUUUUCCCCUCAGCUUUCCAAACAGGCUUGUAAACACCCGGGGUGUGUUAGAAUAUAUACUCUGUUAUUAUGUCUAUUUCACUUAUGCUUCGUUUGAUUAUGUUUGCCACAAAUAUGGAACAGGUUGCUGGUAUACCAGUUACAUUCAAGCGCUCCUAAUAUUUGUUCUUUCUAAGUAUUGAAAAUGUAUUUGCAACCACUGGCCCCUUCGUGUACAUGAAAGCCAGAUGUGUGGGUAAAAAAAUCCACCUUGAAAUGUUGACAUUCCAUAAAAUGUUACAAAUUUUUCCUAUCAAGUUACUUUUCAAAAGUGAGUGAGUUUAGAGACUACAGUUACAUUUAGUGCUUUUGACACAUCAUUGCUAUUUUAUAAUUGCAUUUAAGGACAAACUCAUUAUUCAAAUCCCUUGCAUUAAUGCAUAGAUGGAGCUUUGAACUGCUGGACAGAUAAUGUGUUCAGUUGGACGCAUCUCUCAUGAUUAUGUCAUGGAAUUGCCCUUUAAAGAAAUAUUGACGUCAGCUGCACUGACUGAAAUGAGUGACGCAUCUGUCAAAUUUAAUCAUGGGACAUUUUCCCAGUACUUAUCACUAUAGGCAGGGGAUUCCUGGAAAUGCAAAAAAAUGUUUUGAAAGCUCUGCUUGUUACUUUUGAGUAUCUGCAUUUGAUAGUUUUCUUUUCAGAGCUGUUCUAUUUCCAUCAUUGUUUUACACUCGGUUCUGUGUGUUACGAAACGUUACAUUGACAUAUCAGCUUGUCAGAUGAGUGGGGUGGGCUUCGGGAUCAUUUAAUUGGGUCAAAUUACAAAGCACUUACUGUACUAUACUGGAGUCUGCCUCUUUCUUUUGUAUAAAGUGGCAUCUCCUCAGCUGAAGCUCUUUAGGAUAUGAUUAAAAGCCACAAAGCUGUGUAUCCCCCUUUUCCUUCAUGUCCAGACCUUCUACAUCUGGUCCUGUUUGCCCCUCUCAUCUUUUUUUGUUUUUUGUAAAAUCCUUAAUGCUAUCUUUGUAUAUCUAUUGUCAAUGUUUCUUGUGUCCCUUUACAUAUGCAUCUCUCUCUCUCUCCUCUCCCUCUCCUUUUGUCUGUUAUCUGUAACCUUUUUUUGUUAACUUUUCGGUGCAUUUGGUCGUCAAGAAGCUAUUUUUUGUCUUUGUUUUGUUUUUAAAAGAAAUGUUUUGGGGAUAAAGAGGCUUGUGCCUUUGUAAAGACAGAAUAAUAAAGUUUGUACUUUGUUUUUUACGCAUUG